AUCAUCUCCAUGCCACGUCAUCAUCAUCACAUCAGGAUAUGCAGAUGGACCCAACGCCUCACAUGGCAGCACCAUCGUCUCGCAAAUCAGCAGCAGCGCUAGCACGAGCAGGGUCAGCCGCAGCAUCCAUGGCAACAGCAGGACCCGCCUCGCCCCACGACCCCAGUGCAGGCUACUCCAGAAUGGGGACCUACCCAGCAAGCCACGCGCAGGAUGCAUAUGCGUAUGGCAAUGGGCCAGCAGACAUGGGCGGAGGGGAGUACUAUGGCGGGGGUGGCGGCCAGAUGGACAUGAUGGGGGGAGGCAUGGGGGGAGGGGUUGGGGGAGGUGGGGUGGCAGGACCAGGAGGCAAUAUGGCUCGAAACGGAAGAUACCCAAUGGAUUCGGGGGGUUAUUCGGUGCAUUGAGAGGUCGGCUCGUUGAUUUGAUUUGCUGCUGUACUUCUUGGCUGCAACUGCCAUUGCUGGUGACUCGGAGGUCGGUUUCUGCUGCUGCUGCGUGUUGAAGGAGCAAGUACCAGCGGUCCCUUCAGCCAAUACCAGCAGCCCCCUGCUCACUAACCACCACAUCAUCUCACUACUUACAACAACCCUCCAGCUUAUCCAUUUAAUGAAUUUUCUGGGGUCCCUUGUCUUGAACAUGGCUGAGUGUUGUGGCAAUGCCACUUGUGGUUGCAGACAUCUUUGUGCAGUACUGGAAGGUCAAGCAGGCUGUUUAAUAGUCAUUGUUAUAUGAGAGUAUUGGCGUUUCUCCCUUUCAAUGUUGACCACUGCUUGUAAG